AUGAUUCAACUUAAUAAUAAUCCAUUUAUUAUUCGUAUAGUUCGUAAUGUCCAUAGUUUUUUACAGCCUGGUUAUAUAUGUGAAGGAAGAGGACAAAGUAGUGGUAUUAGUACAAGUGCUUCUGCAGCUAUUACUUCUGUUUAUCAAUCUAUCUUUGGCAGUAAAAAGAAAUAUGCAGGACUUUCUUAUUUAGGUUUAGACCAACCUGAAACAGCUCAAAAAUUAUUAAAAGGAAUUACAUUUCGUCCUUUUAUUAUUGAAUUAGAAAAUAUAACAGUUUUUGUUAGUUGUCUUGGUAAAAUUACAAUAUCAAAUACAAAUAAAGUUGGACAUAAUUAUGCGGCAUCAUUAUUUCAUAAAUAUAGAAGAGUACAAUCAGUUUUUUAUCAGCAUAUUGAUAAAAAUUUUUUUGUAAUUACAAUUUACCAAAACAGUCAAAUUGUUGCUGAAUACAAAGACAUUUCACCUAAUGCUGUUUGA